AUGGGAUGUGAUGGAGGAACGAUUCCUAAAAGACACGAGUUGGUGAAAGGACCCAAAAAAGUCGAGAAGGUUGAUAAAAAUGCAGAGUUGGCUGCCAAAUGGAAAUAUUGUGCCUUGAGCCAGGAGAAGCUCAAACGCCCCAUCGUUUCCUGUGAGCUGGGAAGGCUCUAUAACAAAGACGCUGUCAUCGAAUACCUCCUGGAUAAGUCUGCUGAGCGACCCAAUGCUGACGCUGUGGUUCACAUCCGUGGGAUCAGGGAUAUAAAGGAACUUAACCUGACCGAUAACCCUGAGUGGGAGGGAGAGAGAAGAAAUGCCAAAGGAGACAGAUAUGAGGACAUCAACUGUGGCAUGUUCAUCUGCCCUGUUGUUGGGUUGGAGAUGAAUGGCAAGCACAGGUUCUGUUACCUGCAAACCUGUGGCUGCGUGUUUUCUGACAGAGCCAUGAAGGAGGUCAAAACAGAAAUCUGUCACAAGUGUGGGGACCCGUUCAAGAUCGAGGAUGUCGUUGUGCUCAAUGGCACUAAGGAGGAGGUGGAGAAGCUGAGGGAGAAGAUGGAAGAGAGGCGGACCAAAGCCAAAGUUAAGAAAUCAAAGAAGAGCAAAGCAGCUGAAGCAGCUGUGUCCGCACCAUCAGAAUCAAAAGCAGACGACACACAAGUGGAUGUGGCAGGGAGGAGCUCGCUACAAAAUGGGGAUGAAAGCAGCCAGUCAGCUGUGGCCGGACCCUCAGGAUCAUCAGCCUCCUCCAGGUCUUCUAAAGGCAGCACGUCUUCGACGACCUCCGCCACCAAGAGGUCCGUCCAGAGCAUGGAGGAGAAGUCUGAGGUCUUCAAGUCCCUGUUCACCAGCCACAGCUCUGCCAAGCGCACCAAAGACCAGACAUCCAACUGGGUCACCCACACCCCCUAUCACUUCUAGUAACCACCGCUCAGAGCAAAGAUCCACAUAUUGAGACUGCUCCACAAAUUGUGACCAAUUUAAGACUGAUAAACCUACUGCUACAUACCCAUACCCCCUUUACACACACACACACACACACACACACACACACACACACACACACACACACACACACACACACACACACAUAUUACCCAUGUUACCCACAUGACCUCUAAUAAUGUCAUCAAUGUGUGGAUCCCCGACAUGUCCCUUCAGUCCGCAGCAGCUCACUGUUUACAUGCUGUGAACAGUUUGUUAAUAGCUCCCCAAGCUAUUUGAGCUUUUUGUUUUCUAACCUAAUGCCUCCCUCAUGUAUUCUCCCGCAUCUCUAUGAUCUCACUCACAGGUGCUUUGAGAAUUGAUGCUAGGGUGACUUCGGCAUGUCUGUCACUCUGCUGUCUCCUAGUGGACAGAUUUCAGCUUUUCAAUCCCUGAAACGAUUGAAUAUCUGGUGUUGGGAUCAUGUAUAGGAUUGAUUUUGUUCUGCAUCUAAGGUGAAGAUGUUCUUUCACCCAUUAUAAGCUCUAUGAGGAUGGCAUUGGCUUACAUUUCUCUUUGUAGAAUAUACUUAACGUCUGUGUUCAUUGUAUUGGUUAUUUGUUUUCUUGAGGUAAAAUAAUAGGUUAACAACACAAGGACUGUUAAAAGCAUCUUGCUUAUUUCUUGAAUCUUCUGAUGCUCAUAAAUCAACCAAUGAGCACAGAGAGCAAAAGACAGACAUAUGCAGCUGUAAUGUCAACAGGACAACAGGUAACACACUUUCAGCUCAGUGUUCUUCUGAUCAGUGUUUUUUGAGUAAUUAAGUAAUUUCCAAACAAGGUGCUUUCGGCUGUCUGUUUUUUCUCCUUUUUGGAAGAUCUUUGGUCUAAAGUUAUCUUGUAGUUUCUAGUAAACAGCAAAAUGUAGAGAAAUUGUAUUAUUAUAUUUUCUACACACUCUUCAGGCAGUUUUUUUAAGGUGAUUAAAAUCUGCUAUUUAUGUUUCAGUGGGUCUUUUCCUUUUUAUUGCAUUUAAUCAGCAUAAGUCAAAUAAAUUUCUAUUCAGUCCGA